UCACUUCCCAACCACCUAUCUAUCUAUAUGAAACACCUUCAUCGUGGAGUGCAAAACGGUGCCUGUUUUCGUAUGUUCUAACCACGUGCGAUCAUGCUCGAUGCAAAACCACCACCGUCAUCUCUUCCUCUUCCCAUCCCUCUCCUUUUCCUCGUCCCGCUAUUCUCCAUCGCCGCCGUUAGCUUCGCUUCCGAUUACGCCUGCCAGGAACUCUCAACGAGCUGUGGCAGCGUAACCAACAUCACCUACCCGUUCUGGCUAGCUAAUGAUACAGAUGAGCAUUUCACCCACUGCGGCUACCCAGACUUCAAGGUGAUUUGCCGAGACAACACGCCGAUUCUCAGCCUUGCCACCGAUAGCUACACGGUCAUCUACAUCGAUUACGACCGCCGUAUCAUCUCCCUCGCCGACGCCGACAUCCUCGGCAGUGCGGAUACCUGUCCCAGAGUCCGCCACAACCUCACCUCUCUAACCAAUUUCUCUCUGGCCUACGCACCCUCCGACGCCAAUCUCACCUUCUACUUCAACUGCAGCGACGGCCUCACCGAAUACAUGAGUCCCUGCCUUGGAAAGAAAUCUUUUGUUCUCACAGACGAGAUGAUCGAGAACAAUUCCUUCGUUCCUCACAACUGCGAAGCCGUCAUCGUGGCUCCGGUCCUGCAGGAAUAUCUGAAGUCUUAUCAGUAUGAACUCGCGAACCGGUUCAGAGAGGUUUUGCACGAAGGAUUCGAAUUGAACUGGUCGGCGUCCACCAACACCACCUGCAGCCACUGCGAGCAAUCCGGUGGGUGGUGUGGGUUGAACAAGACCAGUAGUACGACUUCGGUUUUCUCCUGCUUCUGCUCCGACGGAAGAACAGCAUCGUACAAUUGUUCAGGCAGCCAAGGGAAGAAGAAGAAGAAGAAACUGAAAGGGACAGUCGCUGGUCUUACACUUGGAUGCUUCACUCUGCUAUGCCUAUUCCUUUGUGUCUAUAUUCUACGUUCCAGAAAACACCAUGAAAAGAAUGAGCAGGGUGUCGAAGGCUUCCUACUUCGAUAUGGUUCCUUGGUCCCGAAGAGAUACAAGUACUCAGAAAUAAAGAGAAUGACCAGUUCCUUCAGUAACAAACUAGGGCAAGGUGGAUACGGUACCGUGUUCAAGGGGACUCUCAAAGAUGGUCAUCUGGUGGCGGUGAAGGUCCUAAGCGAAACCAAAGGCAACGGAGAAGAAUUCAUCAAUGAGGUAGCCAGCAUCAGUAGAACAUCCCACGUUAACAUUGUGAGUCUUCUAGGGUUUUGCUUAGAGGGACCAAAGAGGGCUUUGGUGUAUGACUUCAUGCCAAAUGGGUCCUUGGAGCAGUUCAUUUAUGCCGAUAAAUCGAAAACUGAGACACAAAACCUAGGGUGGGAGAAAUUAUACGAGAUCGCCGUCGGUGUUGCCCGAGGCUUAGAAUAUUUGCACCGGGGAUGCAACACCCGUAUCGUGCAUUUUGAUAUCAAGCCCCACAACAUCCUACUAGACCAAGAUUUCCACCCCAAGAUUUCUGAUUUCGGACUUGCCAAGAUAUGCCCUCCCAAAGUGAGUGUCAUUUCAAUGGCGGCUGCAAGGGGGACUUUUGGGUACAUUGCUCCGGAAGUGGUCACUAGGAGCAUCGGAGCUGUAUCCAGCAAGUCUGAUGUUUAUAGCUACGGCAUGAUGGUGCUUGAGAUGGCCGGAGGAAGGAAGAACUUGGAUGCAGGAGUGGAAAAUCCUAGUGAGAUAUAUUUUCCACAUUGGAUCUAUGACAAUCUUACUAAGUACUGUGAGGUGGGCAUUUCUGGGUUGACCAGUGAGACAGGAGAGGUUGCGAGAAAGAUGAUAAUGGUUGGAUUAUGGUGCAUACAGGUAAAUCCUGAGAAUAGACCUUCAAUGAGCAAGGUUUUGGAAAUGUGGGAAGGAAGCACUGGAAAAUUGGAAAUGCCACCAAGGCCAUAACACACUUCUCUUAAGGUUUUUAGCUGGACAAAAUAAUUGUACAAGAUGAAUCAGAUUUUGUUUAUCCAUGGUUGCCAUGUAAGUGUCUACAAGACUAAUGCUCAAUUAUGAAUACACAUCAUUUCAUU